AGUUCAUCUAUAACAAGAUGUCUGACACAGAGGAAGUCAUGGAGGAGGAAGUUCAGGAGGAAGAAGCACAAGAGGAGGCAACAGAUGAGUCGAAGCCCAAGCCCAAGUUCAUGACGAAUAUAACCGCCCCAAAGAUCCCUGAUGGAGAGAAAGUGGACUUUGAUGACAUCCACAGGAAGCGUCAGGAGAAAGAUCUGUCUGAGCUGCAGUCUCUGAUCGAGGCUCACUUCAUCCAGAGGAAGAAGGAGGAAGAGGAGCUCAUCGCCCUCGUGAACAGAAUCGAGAAGCGUCGUGCAGAGAGAGCAGAGCAGCAGAGGAUCAGGGCAGAGAGAGAGAAGGAGAGGCAGGCCAGACUUGCGGAGGAGAAGGAGCGUAAGGAGCAGGAGGAGCAGCGUAAGAAGCAGGAUGAGGAUGCCAAGAAGAAGAAGGCUCUGUCAAACAUGACCCAGCAGUACAGUGCUGGACAAAAGAGUGACAACAGGAGAGGAGGUAAGAAACAGACUGAGAGGGAGAAGAAGAAGAAGAUCCUGGCCGAGCGCAGGAAGCCACUCAAUGUUGAUCAUCUGAACGAGGAUAAGCUCAAGGAGAAGGCCAACGAACUGUGGCAGUGGCUGAUGGGGCUGGAGGCUGAGAAGUUUGAUCUGAGUGAGAAACUCAAGAGACAGAAGUAUGAUAUUAACCAACUUCUUGCCCGAGUCCAGGAUCACCAGAAUGCCAAGGGUCGUGGCAAGGGCAAGAUGGGUGGCCGGCUGAGGUAAAGACGAGGGCGAGGCAGACCAAGACAGCAGCGAUUGGCCCAUGUGUCUGUUGUGUGUGUGUAUGCAUUGUUCUGUUGUGUUGGGGUUACAUGUCAGCUAUCAUGAUAUCAAAACAAUAAAUAAGCCAUUACAUCCA